ACAAAUUGUGCUGCAAAUUGCUGCUUGCAAAAACACAACAUCAAGCGGUGCAAAGGGCGAAAAGCAAAGCGAGAACACAAAAUUAGUGAAGGCUGCUCGCCGCGGGCAGCCAUGCCGGCGCCCCGGCAGCAUGACAUGAGCUAGCACCACCCAUGCCCAAGUUUACGAAGCGCGACGUCGCGCCGCCGCGGCACCCGCCGCCGGAUGUGGUGGAUGCGAUCAUCGGUGCAGACGACGAGUCUCCGAUGCGCGCGUCCGAGAGCGCCGCGGCGUUAAGGGCGAUGGGCGAGGUCGGCAGCGACGCUGUAGAGUUGGACGAAAUGGAGCGCCUGACGCGCGCCCUGGACCCUCCAAAAACGCCGGAGCAGCCGCGCCACGAGCGGCCGUUCGUGACACCAUCAGAGGAGGAGACGAAGGACCUCGCCGAGCCGGCGCGCUGGGCGCCCUGCCCCGUCGAGCAGCGGAAGUGGAGCCAUUCGAUAGUGGUGUUGAAUCCCUCCGAUUUAAGAUAUGGGCACGAGCCCGGCGGGAUGGCUCGUAAAGAAGCGUGGAAGUGGAAGCGGCGGCGGUGGCUGCUCGCGGGGUUGGUGGUUGUCAUGGCUUGUGCUGGUGCGUUGGGGUAUGUCUUUGGCGUGUCCUCUGAUAAAAAAAAGAAGCGGAGCCAACCAUCGCCGUCGUCGAUGCCGUCGUCCGCGCCCUCAUCAUCGGCUCCUGCGCCGAAGCCCUCGCCUUCACCAACACCGUCGCCUUCAGUGAAACCGGGCAACCCGACGGCAUCUCCCGUCAUCGCUCCGACGCCACAUCCUACUCCUCUACCGUCGCGCACGCCGUCGUCACUACCGACGACCACACCACCGUCGCCGGCGCCGUCAUUGCAACCGACACUCACACAAUCACCAACCCCGACGACGGGCUGGGCCCGCUUCACCGUCGACGCAUCACUACGAGGCGCCGACGGCAGCCACCUCGCCGACGCCGAUGGCGACGGGUUUCUCGACCUCGCCAUCCCCUGGGAGGAGUCUGGGGUGGUGGCCGCGUACCUCAAUCCUGGCGAUAGUGAAACGGCGUGGCCCCGCGUCGUCAUCGCCAAUCUUACUGAUAGAACAGACCUACUGAGCCAGGACGGAAUUGAAGAUGCGGAAUUCGUCGACCUCGAUGGAGACGGUCUGAUAGACAUCGUGAGCUGCGCCGAGGCCGGCGGCUGGAUGGCGGGGAAGGUCGGGAGCUGGGGCGCGGGCUUCGUGAGGUUGCACUUCGCUCCACCCGAUCUGUUUGGUGAAUGGACGACGCUGGAAUUACUGGAAGGCGUGGGCAAGUGGAUGGCGUCCUCGUCGACGGAUGUCGACGGGGACGGUUUGACAGAUAUCGUCGUCGGGGCCAAGGAGAGCCCCGUCUCUGUGGCGGUACUCAAACAAGGUUCCGACGCGCGCGACGCGACAAAGUGGACCUACGUUCCGAUCAGCUCGUCCAUCGAAGAGCGGUGGGUCAUGUCCCUCGCGGCGCACGAUGUUGAUGGGGACGGGUUAGUGGAUGCGGUCGUGUCGUUUCGCGGGACGAAGGAUGGCCCCGGCGUUUUUUGGCUCGAGAACCCCGGAGUGUUGGAUGGCAGUGACUGGCCCCACCACCGCAUGCUUGGUGACGUCUCGAUGCGGGUGAUGAUGCUCGAUCUGGUAGAUUUGUACGGCACGGGGAGUGUGGACGUCGUCGUCGCGGAGGAGCGCACAGGUGUUGUGGUACUAGAAGCUCCUUCGGGAGAUAAGACCCAGACCUGGUCUUCUACCCAUUUGCGAUGCGACGUAUCUGAUAUCGACAUCGGGACGACUGUGAAAUCAGUGACGGCGGGCGACCUCGAUGGAGACGGCGCGCCCGAACUAGUCAUAUCGUGCGAGGACGCGACCGAUGAAAAGCUCGGAGUGUUUUACUUAAGAAGGGACCCGUCGCAGCCGUGGACGGCCCAAUGCGACCCCGUCGACGUCGCUGGUCAAGAUGGGGCGAAGUUCGAUUUGGUGCGCGUCGCCGACGUCGACGGCGACGGCGCUUUUGAUAUAGUAACGUCCGAAGAAGGUUUGGGCGAGGACGUUGGGUUGGGCGUCGUGUGGUACCGCAAUCCCGGUCCGUAGUCGGCCACCCCGGGACGGCGCCAUCGGCGCGCGCCGCGGCGAAGACGGAAGACGCGGCCGCCAGGACUCUUAUUAUUAUUGUUAGUGAAUCACAA